UUCAGGAAACGCACUCUGGUUUUCACCUGCAGACUAGAAACCAGAAGGAGCACGAGAACCUCGAGACUGAUGCAAACUCGCUGACAAGGCUGGAAAAGUGGAAAUAAAAUUGUUUUGCUUUUUUUAAGGAUUUCUCCCGGUGAGCAGAGAUGGUUUGCGGCGGGUUCGUUUGCACCAAGAACGCGCUCUGCGCUCUCAACAUACUCUAUGUUCUGGUGAGUCUGCUGCUGAUCGGAGUGGCCGCCUGGGGGAAAUGGUUCGACCUGGUCUCCAGCAUCAGGGUGGUGGCGGGGGUCAUCGGCGUGGGCGUCUUCCUGUUCCUGGUUGCCUUCGUGGGGCUGUGCGGCGCCCUGAAGCACCACCAGGUCCUGCUCUUCUUCUACAUGAUAAUCCUGUUCAUAGUGUUUGUGGUGCAGUUUUCUGUGUCCUGUGCCUGUCUGGCCCUGAAUAAAGACCAGCAGAACCAUCUGCUGGAGGUCGGGUGGAACAAAUCAGAGGCGACUCAAAAGGACGUGGAGAAAACACUCGACUGUUGUGGCUUCUCCUCUGUGUCCUACAAUGGCACCUGUGAAGCUAGAUGCUUUCACAACAAGCUGACUUGUGACACGUGUUCGAACACUAUCCAGCAGUAUGCGGGAGAAGUGCUGCGGUUUGUGGGUGGUAUCGGACUCUUCUUCAGCUUCACAGAGAUCCUCGGAGUCUGGCUCGCACACAGAUACAGAAAUCUCAAAGAUCCUCGGUCAAAUCCUGGAGCCUUUCUAUAGCCGCACACAGUUUAACAAACCAAAUAUAUUGCACUGUUAAAUAA